GAUCUGCUGGGCUCGGGAUUGGUGGGACGCAGGAGGCAUGUAAGGGAACCCAUAGGGGAUCCGAGUUGCACACUGCCCUAAACUGCUAUUUUAGACAGAGACGGGACUUGAAUCACUUAAGUGUCAGAAGCAGUUCUAGAGCAGAGACAGUCCGUCCAGAUCUGAUAUUAUAACCCUGGCAGGUCAGUGUUGUGUCUGUGAUCCUGCUGUUUCUGACACGUGACCACAUUCUUCUGUACUGUCUGUCACUGAGCCUGGACAUUUCACCACACAGCACCACUAAGUCGUACGUAACUUUUCCCUGAAGCCUGGGUGAGCCAUGCUACGACUUGUAAGAGGCCAGAGCAGGAGGCUGAAAUGCUGUGUGUGCAGCCAGCAAAGGUUGAGUCAUCAUAAGAGCGUGAUGGCAAUCCGACGAGAGGACAUUAAUGUGUGGGAGAGACGAGCACCCCUUGCCCCACAACAUGUGAAGGAAAUCACUGCAGCAGGACACAAAGUGCUGGUGCAGCCUUCCAAUAGAAGAGCCAUUCACAAUAGAUUCUAUGAGAAAGCAGGAGCCAUCAUACAGGAGGACAUCUCCGAGGCUUCUCUCAUCAUCGGUGUGAAGAGGCCACCAGAAGAAAAGGUCAUUCCACGAAAAACCUACGCUUUCUUUUCACACACCAUCAAAGCCCAGGAGGCUAACAUGGGUCUUCUAGAUGAUGUACUCAAAAAGGAAGUGCGGCUGAUUGAUUAUGAAAAAAUGGUUGAUGACAAUGGGUUCAGAAUUGUUGCAUUUGGACAGUGGGCUGGUGUUGCAGGAAUGAUUAACAUUUUGCAUGGGCUAGGUCUCAGACUCCUGGCCCUUGGACACCACACUCCCUUUAUGCAUAUUGGAAUGGCACACAAUUACAGGAACGUCAGUCAAGCCAUACAAGCAGUAAGGGAUUGUGGGUAUGAGAUCUCACUGGGCCUCAUGCCCAAGUCCAUUGGUCCACUCACAUUUGUGUUCACUGGCACAGGCAAUGUAUCUAAUGGUGCACAAGACAUUUUCAAUGAGCUUCCAUGUGAAUUUGUGGAGCCACAUGAACUGGAAGAGGUCUCGAAAUCAGGAGACCUGACAAAAGUGUACGGAACAGUGAUCAGCAGACACCACCAUUUAGUUCGAAAGAGUGAUGGGGUUUAUGAUCCUUUUGAGUACGAACAUCACCCUGAACGUUAUACCUCUCACUUCAGAUCUACUAUAGCACCUUACACAACCUGUCUGAUAAACGGCAUCUACUGGGACCCACAAACUCCGAGGCUGCUACGGCGAGUGGAUGCUCAGAAGCUACUGAGACCUUCAAAAUCUUUAGCUGGAGUGAACGAAUCCUGGCCCACCCUGCCACACAAAUUCUUGGCCAUCUGUGACAUUUCUGCAGACUCAGGCGGUUCCAUUGGGUUCAUGACUGAAUGCACCACCAUUGAGAAGCCCUUUUGCAUGUAUGACGCCAACCAGCACAUAGACCACGACAGUGUGGAAGGAACAGGCAUUCUCAUGUGCUCUAUUGAUAACUUGCCUGCCCAGCUUCCCAUUGAAGCUACAGAAUAUUUUGGCACUCGCUUGCUCCCCUACAUUUGGGAAAUGAUUCCGUCAGAUGCAACAAGACCUCUGGAUGAAGAGAAUUUCUCUCCACAAGUCAGAGACGCUGUAAUAACAUCGAACGGAAAGUUGACUCCUAAGUUUGAGUACAUUCAGAAGUUACGAGAGAAAAGGGAAUCAGAACAGAUCCUGAAGAAAAGCGGAAUGAAGCGUGUCUUGUUGCUAGGUUCUGGCUAUGUGUCUCGCCCAGUUGUUGAGUAUCUUACCAGGGAUCCCGGCACCCAAGUCACAGUGGCAUCUGUGCUUCUAAGCCAAGCGGAGGAACUGGCUGCCAAAUACCCAAACACCAUACCUGUGAUGCUUGAUGUUACAAGCCAAGAGGGCCAUCUCGAAUACCUGGUCAAGGAUCAUGACCUGGUCAUCAGUAUGCUGCCAUACAACUAUCAUCCAUUGGUAGCUAAAUUUUGCAUCAAUAAGAAAGUAAACCUGGUGACAGCCAGCUACCUGUCUCCAGACAUGAAAGCACUCCAGAAGAGUGCUGAGGAGGCUGGCAUCACCAUAGUCAACGAGAUGGGCCUGGACCCUGGCAUUGAUCACAUGUUGGCCAUGGAGUGCAUCGACCAGGCCAAGGCAGACGGUUGCACUGUGGAGUCCUACAGCUCUUUCUGUGGUGGUCUUCCAACACCAGAGUGUUCUGAUAACCCACUGCGUUACAAAUUCAGCUGGAGUCCAUAUGGAGUUUUGCUCAAUACAAUCAGUCCUGCUAUUUAUCGUAAAGACAACCAGGUGAUCAGUAUUUCCCCUGGUGGGUCUCUAAUGGAUGCUGCUGUGCCCAUGGACUUCUUGCCGGGUUUUAACCUUGAGGGCUUUCCAAAUCGAGACAGCACCAAAUACGCUGAACCUUAUGGCAUUGAGUCUGCACACACACUAAUCAGAGGGACUCUGCGCUUUAAGGGUUUCUCCAGAGCAAUGAGCAGCUUUGUGAAACUAGGCCUGAUCAGCACUGAGCCUUGCCCGUUGUUGCAGCACACAGCUGAUCCGCUCUCCUGGAAAGAACUCCUGUGUAAGCAGAUUGGUUUGUCCUCUGAUGUAAGCACCGAGUCGUUUGAGGAAGCUGUGUUUAAUCAGAUUGGAAGAGAUGAGUUUAGGAUGCAGACUCUCAAGUGGUUUGAGAUGCUGAGUGAGGAGCCUGUGCCUCAUGCAAACACUAUCCUGGAAGCACUCACUAAACACCUGGAGGCUAAACUGUCUUUCGAUAAAGGAGAAAGAGACUUGGUAAUCAUGAAGACUGAUGUUGGUGUCAGACACCCUAGAGGAGAACUCGAGAUGAAGCACAUCAGUCUGGUGGUCUAUGGAGAUGUAAAUGGCUUCUCUGCCAUGGCCAAAACUGUGGGCUACCCUGCUGCCAUUGCAGCUCGCAUGGUCCUGGAUGGUGAGCUGAACACUAAAGGACUUGUUGUACCAAUAACAAAAGAUAUCUAUGAUCCUAUUUUGAAGAGACUUGAGCAGGAAGGCCUUCAAUUUAUCUCUAAAAGCACAAUAAUAGAAUAAUGCUCUGUAAAAUCCACUCCUGCUGCUGAUGACUGGAUGAAUAUCUAUUUUAUUAAUCAAUUAUUUUUUCAUUGUUUUUUGAUGAAACACUGAAUGGUCCCAAAUAUUUAAAGUAACGGUUUUAUUUAAAUGUUCCUGCUUGUACUUCAGUACAUAUUCCACUGCUGCCUUUAAAACACCUGCAGAUAAAGCAUUGAGAAGGACAUGAUGCUGUGCUCUGAUGUAUUCAACACAUUUAUUUCAACCAUGACAACUGACUACAAAACUGAAGUGAAUUGAAUAUUAAAACCCCCACAAAAUGUUUUUAAAGGAGUUUCAAAUCUUUAACAGAAUUAACAUACUUUGUGUGCUGAUAUUUUAAAAUAUUACUAGGUGUCUCAUUAAGGGAACCACAAUUAAAUGAAAAGAUUGUUUGUUAAUUAAUUUUUAUUUAGCCUGACAAUGCACUAUAUAGUUUUAUAUACAAAACUGGAUGAAUUUCCCUUAUACGGUUACUAAACAAACAUGCAUUGUGUCUCAAAUCACAUACAGUAUUCUAUAACAAUAUUGAGUUUUAACACUAACAGAUUUUAGUUAGUCGGUUAGUUUAAACGUCAAAAACCUUGUUGUGUUGUGGUCAAACCUGCUGAAAUGUACUAAAUGUAAGGUCAGACUGUUCAAUUUGACACCUUCACAACCAUGGCAGAAAGAUUUAUGGUUGUGUAUAUAUAUAUAUAUUUUUUUUUUUUAAACUCAUGCACUGCACAUGUACAUUAACUCAUAUUGACCAGUAACUGUUUAUAUUAGUGUGUCUCAAAACCUGUCCAAUCAUUGACUGUAAUAUGCUGAAAAUUAAGAUUAAUGUUGUACAGUAAAAGUAGCAGAUCUUGACCAUCUUAACACCCUGUUGUAUUUGGUUAAAAUCGAAGAAUGUUUAACCAAAAAGCCUCACAGUAUAACAUAUAACACUGUAACAGCACUGUAUAGUAAGACAACAAAAUAUAGUUAAACAAAGCUAUGUAACAUGUGAUGUGCUAUGGUUUAGUAUAAUGCAUUUUUUUUCCUCUUUGACCCAUUUUUUUUUUCAGUCAUGCAAUACUUAACGAUUAUUAUUUGACUUAUUAAAUAAUAAUGCUACCCACAUUAUUGCAAAUAUAAAUAAACCCUGCUGCCUCCCAUCAGGCCAUCUCACACCAUCCCAGCAUGGAUUAUUUUCCUACAACACAUGUCCCACAACAUUGAUGUGUGCAAGGAAUAGUCCUAUUUCCCUAUGUCCAAAUAUAAAUGUUCAAAUGUUGCCAUAGUCAUUCAUAAUAUAUCUGGAGUUUUAUAAAUGUUUGGUGGUUAAGGCUUCGGUUCACAGAAAAUUUAUUGGAAAUUUGUACAUUUGCCCAGAGAUUUUGGGAACCCCUGAUGUAAUGUCUUUCUGAAAUUUUCUUUGUAGUAUUUUAUUAAAUGUCAAUAAAUCUGAAGCUUCCAGUCUUAAA